AUGUUUCAGCUCCAGAGUAAGACGUCUGCUCCAUCUCCAUGUUACUCCUGGAGGUAUUCAAAGAUAUAUGUGGAAAUUGCGCCAUUGCUUCACAGAGAUGAUCAGCAAGUCAUGGUUCAAGAAGGAAGGCUUUUACUUGAUUAUGUUACCAUGAAUGCUAUUGCUAUUCAAAAGAUAUUAAAGAAGUAUGACAAAGUACAUGGAUCUGUUACUGGCAGAAAUUUUAAGACUGAAAUGCAUGAUAAGAGGAUUGAACUUUUGCAGUCACCUUGGCUAAUUGAACUAGGUGCAUUUUAUGUAAACUUUACGGGGUCGGACAUUGGAGAACCUGGAGAUUUUUUCAGAUAA